UGCAGGACAUCCCCCUGGUGAACCUGCUCCUCUGUGACCUCAGCAUCUGCUCCAAGAAGGAAUCUUCCUCUUCUAAGACCGAGACUUCUGAGAAAUGAGCUGCCAAUGAAUCACCUUGAAGGCGGUCUGUUCUCGCUACUUGGCUCGGAGGUCUUCUAGAAGGUCGGGGCCUCCUUGCCAUCAUGAAGGGGUUGGGGACCAACCGUAACAGACAUCUGUCUGAUUCCUGCGACCCCUCUCUCAAUCAUCCAGAGGCUCUCUACCACCAGAAGACCAGCACAUUGCCACGCAGCCCUUACCUGCUUAGCCCCGCGAUGGACCACUAUGGCACCAUGGACCCCCACCUCUAUCCUUCCGCCAAUCCAGGCUCCCUUCCAGCAGACUGCAUGCUGCCACUCAAUAAUCAGCUUUCCAACAGCAGCACUUUUCCUGGCAUUCACUAUAACUCCUACGACCAGUCCGAUUUCUCUCCUCCAAGGGACAGCAUUGGAGGGAUAGGCACAGGCACCAUGGGGACGUCCCUGUCGAUGGGCAUGGCAUCAGGUAUGGCCAUGUCAGGGCUGAGUGGAAGAACACCUAUGAUUACGAGUGGCUCCGCAACUAUAUCACACCAUAUGAAUAAGAAUCAAACGCCCCCCAGUCUGUUGGAUUUUGAGAAGCAGUUGCCGGGAGGCCGCGACGGAUUCAGCACUCUGCAGUUCCAUCGAACGUCCGCUGCGGUCGCUGCCAAGCAGCGGACAGACAGUCCUGGCCGCAUCCGUUACAUGCUGCACUCAGUGCAGAAACUCUUCGCAAAGUCCCAGUCGCUGGAGAGCCAUAACAUGAAGGGAAAUGUGAACGGAAGAUCUACCGGCAGCGGUGGAGGCACUUCUUCGGGAACUGAGGAAGGAGGGAAGCAUAACCGCAGGUCCAAAAGUAAAGACCGUGUCACAAAAUCCGAGGCAACUGCUAAGAGACGGCCGAGAUCCAACAUGUCGGGGUACUGGAGCUCAGACGAUUUAGACAGCAGUGAUUUGAGCAGCUACCACAACACCAUGACUAUGAUGACCCUGGGCCGUCCGAGUGGCCAUGAAAACCAAGGUGGUCAGAGUAAAUACAUCCACAGCGGCUACAACACUAUCAGUUCCUCUAAAAGCAGCAACGACAUGAAGUACCCAGCACUUCCUGGUCCAGGGGACAUGGGAGGAGGUGGACUCGGUGGACCAGUAGGAAUGCUGAUAAAUGAUACCGAUUAUGUGAAAGGAGGGUCUUGGUCCACACUGACCAUGGGCCAACCAAGACAGGUGCUUCAGAAGGGCUCAACUACUCUGGACAGGUCAAUGCUCAAGUCAAAGUCCUGCCAACAGGAGCUGACUUGUAACUAUCUGCAGGUUGGACGCAGGGGGGAUUGGAGCAGCUCAUUAGGUCGCAGUCCGGGUUUCAACGAGAUCCCAUGUCGGCGGAUGCGCAGUGGUAGCUAUGUGAAGGCCAUGGGAGACAUUGAGGACAGCGACGACUCCGAGGGAAGCCCUAAACCCUCGCCGAAAAGUGCUGCUCGCCGUCAGAGCUACCUCAGAGCCACCCAGCAGUCUCUAAGUGACCAGCUACCCCCACGCAACUGUCUUCCAUCUCUCAGAGAGCUGUCGAAUAACCGCAGCCUGGACAACCUGGACUGUAUUGGAGGACCAGGAGCUUUGCAACCAUGGGAGGAAGACAGCUUCAGCCAGGCCUGCAGCACCUUGGGCAGACGCAGUUGCAUGGGACAGCUGCGAGACCUGGAAAAAAGUCAUCAUUAUGAAGACAGAAGCUCAGAGUCCACCUACAGAGAUUCCCAUUCUCAGGACAUCUCGGAGCCUCCAGACAUGCCCAUGCCGACUUGCUUCCGAUCCCGCAGCCACAGCUACCUGAGAGCUAUCCAGGCUGGCUGUUCCCAAGAUGACGACACCGCUUCCAUAGAUUCAGGCUGCUCUCCACCUCCAACCGACUCCUCCGUUCGCACAUACUGCACCAGCACUGACGACCUUUCUACACAAUGGAAGACAUGGAAAGAACAGUUUGCCUCUUACCUGAUAGCCACUGGCUUGGACAAAGCUCCAAAGGAGAAACAGCUUGCAAUUUUUCUUCAGCGUUUCGGGACAGACAGACCACGCAUCCUACCCACACACACAGUCUCCACAUGCAUAACAAGCUGUAAGAAGGCCGCUCCUCCACCGGUGCCUCCGCGCACAACCUCCAAGCCCUACAUUUCGGUGACGGUGCAGAGCAGCACAGAGUCGGCGCAGGACAACUACUUGGACCAGCAGGACAGGAGGUCAGAGGUCAACAGCCAGUCGAGCCACGCUCACAGCAACUCCUCUGACAGCCUUGACAGCACCCGCGCCAACAGUCUGGCCUGGGGUGUGCCACGUCCUCCGCACAUCAUCCCUAUUCCCGUUGCGACGCCGAGGGAGCCAAUCGUCCCUAGCACCGCCAAUGCUUCCACCGAGACAAGCGACUCAGUAGUCCACAAUGAAUCACUGAAAUCAGGCUCUAGUAAAGACAAUUUAGCAGCAGAGGAACCUUUUGUAGCCCCGGUACCAAGGCGGAAACUGUCCUCUAUUGGGAUACAGGUCGACUGCAUUCAGGAAGUUCCCAGAGAGGAGACCCCACCUCUGGCCAAAUUUCAGUCAAUAGGAGUACAGGUGGAGGACGGGUGGCAACCCAGUCGCUCCGGCAGUAUGGCCUCAAAACAAGAAACGGAUUCAGACGCCCAGGACAUCUCUGCCAUUUCUCAUAUCAGUAUUGCCAAAAGCUUUGAGAAGAAAGUCAUGGUCAACAGUGCCAGCCAGUCAAUGAGCUCCCCCCCUGGACAAGACUCUUUAGACAACGGAGACCCUGCUGGCGAAACGUCCUCCCCGCCACCUCCCAGGCAGAUCCUCAACCGCUCCACCACGCGGAGCAGCUCCUCGUCCUUCUCCGAAAGCCUGGACCCAGCGCUGGACCCCUCAUCCCUGCCACCCCCGGACCCCUGGCUUGACAGCGGAAGCAACGGCAACAGCGGCGGCGUCUCCCAGGGCGGAGGAGGCGGGACGCUGUGCCGGAGGGACGGCCACUGGUUCCUGAAGCUGCUGCAGGCUGAGACGGCGCGCAUGGAGGGCUGGUGCCAACAGAUGGAGCAGGAAACCAAAGACAACCACCUCUCAGAGGAGGUGCUGGGGAAAGUCCGCAGCGCGGUGGGAAGUGCUCAGCUCCUAAUGUCUCAGAAGUUCCAGCAGUUCCGGGGACUGUGUGAGCAAAACCUGAAUGUGACUGCCAACCCACGGCCCACAGCCCAGGACCUGGCUGGCUUCUGGGACCUGCUGCAGCUUUCUAUCGAGGACAUUAGCCUCAAGUUUGAUGAGCUCUACCAUCUCAAGUCCAAUGACUGGCAGCCCGUGCCGCCUGCGGCCACCCAGUCGUCCCCUGAGCGGAAGAACGAGGACAAGGCAGCCCUUCCGGCGUCAAAAAAGCCCAGUAAGACGCGACCGACGCUUAGCCGUGAGAAGAGCGCCGACUCCUCUUCCACCUCUUCGUCGGCCUCAGCAGAAAAGCAGAGACAAGAGGCUCGCAAGCGCCUGCUGGCUGCCAAGAAGGCUGCCUCGUUUCGCCAGAACUCUGCCACGGAGAGCGCAGACAGCAUUGAAAUUUACGUCCCCGAGGCCCAGACUCGCCUCUGAGAGAAAACGACGAGCGGGAGCGGUCAGAGGGCAGAAAAGUGUUGUCUGUGGAAAAUGAAAAAAAUGGAGGGCAGGGGGGGGUUGCAGAGGAGUGAUGGUGAGUAGCCUAAGGAAGGGUGUGUAGAGGAGCAAUGCCAGUGAGGGUGUUGUGAUAUUUUUAACAUAAUCAUAGGCUGGUCCUGGUUGAAACUGGUUGAUGAAACAUUUACACCCAACAGACUAUAAACUUAUGAAGCAGAAGAUUUCUCUUCUCAGGCUGCCAGGGAAGACCUCGGCUGAUGAACGUUAUCGUUUCUUCUCGCUUUUUUUUUUCUUGAUAUCAUCAAAAUUGUUAAUAAAGGUAAUAUUACGGCAACUAUAGGUUUAAAAAAAAAAAACUCUUUAUGAAGACUGUUUUAAAAGUUCCUAUAUCUUGGCUCUAAGAUUUAUUAAGCAGACAGAAGGUCAGCAUCAAGGCUUCUGUCUCCCACUCUUGUUCUCUUCCCAGAUCACUGGCCAUCUUGUAGCUUUGCACAGCACCUCCUUGUGGCCAUCACACAAGUUGCACACAAAUCCGCCUAUAAAUGUCUUCCUUGUAUUUAUUUUUAUCGUUAAUUGAUUUGGGCUGGGUAAGAAUCCACUUAUAUCAGGCUGUUCAGAAUAUGUUCGGUAUGAUGAAACACAAAAGCGGAUGUUAAAGGUUUUUUUUAUGUAGUUCCUACAAACAAGUUCUUGUGUUGUAGUUUUUUUUUUUUUGUUGUUGUUUUUUUUUUGUGUGUGUGUGUCAAUGACUGAAGGGUUUCGUUUCUUCAAGGUUUUGAAUGGAAGCACAUAUUAAACAAAGCCAGACAUGAAGGCAUCAACUUUAAGUAUGGCUGUCCAUAAUUGUUUGUCAGUGAAAAACCCUGAAAUCAUUUGUUUUCCUUCCCUCCCUUUCUUUUUUUUUUCAUGUCUGUGCUAGAAAUACAGAUCCAUAGAUAUAUGGGCUAUCUGUUACAUAUUAUAUUUAAGUGCUUUAAGUAAAACGGUUGAGCAUCAGACAUUUCAAAGUAAUCCUACCAAAAUCAAUCCAACUUCACUUUAUCCAUUUGUUCCACUCUGCACAACAACAUCAUCUUUUUUAAAUCAGACUUUUCUAAUUAAAGCACUACACUUAUAAGUUACAGUUCUUUUUGUCAUUUAUCCAGUGUUUGCUUUUUUUUUUUUUUUUGUCUCUGAGGAAUGUGAAAGCCAAAGAAAGCGAAGUCCGCUGUUUUAAAUUCAGCUCGUGUGAUAAAAUGUCAGCGGCAGGGAAACUCGACGGCUGACUGUGAAAACAGAUGGGAGUGGACGUUACCCACAGCAACAUAUGUACUGCAGAUUUAACAUUUGGAUAUAAGGCAGGAAGCUUCAACAGAACCGCCCAACGUUGAGAGCCACAGCACCGCCCUUUCUGAGGGUUCACGGAGUUAAUUUAAUGGAAAAAGAGUUGUUUCCGACCUCAGGAGGGUAACAAUGCUUACAUGUCCAACCUGUAUUCAGUUAUCGGACGGAUGGAAAGAAAAAAAAAACAUAUGAAAGAACCUUAAUGUUUUUUUUUCAUUAAAGGACACACUGUGCUUUGCAGAAAUAUUCAUAGCUCUUGAAACUUUUGUCAUGUUACAACCACAAACCUUAAGGUACUUAACUGUAUUUUAUCUGCAUGCCGGUGCAGAACUGUAAAGUGGAAGGGAGAUGAUUGGAAAAAUUUUGGAAAAAUCUCAAAGCUAUCGUGAACGUUUCUGUUUCUCACCCUGAGUGGAUCCUCUGUAGAACCACUGUUCUGGGUUAUGUCCUUACCAGCUUUUUGCACUUAGAUUAACUUUUUUCCCACCCUUCUAUGCAUAUAGCUUCCGCCAUCUUGUCUUCAACACUGAUCAGCUUGUCUGUCCCUGUUGAAGAAGAAGAGCACCCCCCACAACACACCGCUGCCACCACCAUGUUGCACAGCGGGGGUGGUCGUGUUAAUCUUCUGCCUCACAGAGCACUUUGUAUGUGGGCCAAAUUAAGUCUUGUUCACCUGAGAACCUCCCUGCACCUUUUCUUGUGUCUGCUGAAUGGCUCCUGGCAAACUUCAGUGAGACUUCCCAUGGCCUGGCAAAAGCAAUGGCUUUUUUUUUUUUUUUUGUCAUUCUUCCAUAACAGCUAGAUUUCUGGAAUACACAACCAAUAGUUGUCCUGUCAGAAUAGUAUUUCACCUGAGUUGUGGAUCUCUGCAGCUCCCCCAGAUUUACCAGGAACCUCUUUCACUGCUUCGCCCGGCCAUCGUCAAAACUAAUUAAACAGGGUUCAUUUGUUGCUGUUUUACAGCCUAACUCUGCUUUAAUCUUCCCCACAACUUUCUCCAUGUUCUCUGUUUUGUUCAUCGGUCUUCAUGAUGCUGUUUGUUUUCCCCCACUCGUGCUCUAACAAACAUCUGUGGCCUUCAUAGAACAGCGGGGUUUAUACUGGGGUCAAAUCACUCGGAUGUAUUUUGCUUACUUUUUGAGGGACGUCUGAAGGCAACUGGUUGCACUCAGUUUCAUUUAAGGGUCUCAGAGUAAAGAGAAAAAAUGAAAACCUUUGUCACAUUCCCUCCACUUUACAAUGAUGCACUACUCUGGGUCGGCGUGAAUCCCAAUAAAAUGCAGUGCAGUGUGUCUGUAACUGGAUAAAAUAAGAAAAGUCAAUAGAAUAUGAAUACUUUUGUGAAACACUAUACAAACAUACAUUUUUAUCUAGAUUCCCUUUGCAGCUUGAUGAUAUUAGAAGCCAGACACAUCCAUAUAUCGGUGUAAAAUUUGCCGGUGGGCACUUCUUUUGCUCCCUAUCCCCACCCAUACAGUCAACGACGUCAUCUGUCACUGUUCUUGUCUUGUCUGUCUUGUUGAUCACCUGCAAAAACAGCAUUCCUGUCCCCAAUAGCUUGGCUAAAUACUCGCACCGCAGCUUCUUUUCAUGUAUCUGCUGCUAAGCCUCUCUCUCAUAAACUGUAACUCAAAAUGGAGCCUCCAGCUUUGAAUUAGAAAAGCUCCACCAGCACCAUUCUUCUCACGGCAUUGGUGAGCACUUCCCCUUGAUGGUCGGCUUUUGUUUGUCUGUGAUGUUUGCCUGCUGUGGGCGACUCUCAGCAAGGAAUGGCUCAGGGGUGUCAAUAGAUAGUCCCCUAACUGCUGUCAAACCAACCCCCGUCCAUUUGACUGGGGACGACGGCGCGUCGUUAGCACCCGAAAGCCCUUUGUGUGAGUCGAAGGUUGCCGUUAGCUUGGCUUGAUUUUUGGACUGCCACAAAAAAAACAUUUUCCAGAAAGUAGUUUUGUUUAAAAUGGGCAUACUUGCCUGGAUUUGAUCUGUGCAUCCAAGUUAUUUAUACACAACAAAUCUUAGUCCCUCGCCGCUAUCUCAAGCAUAUUCUGUUCUACUUUUGAGCAGCUAGGAAAGUUUCCCAUAUCCUAAUCCGUUUUCUUUUUCCCACACAUCGGUUUACGACCAUAUCCCUUUCGUCCGACACCUUUGUAUAAAACUCUCUGCCUUGAAUGCUGGUAAGACGUUACUUGGCAUUUUUAGACAGGCCCAGAGACGGGCUUAGCGCGCCUGUUUUUGCCGCCGUUUGCAUGGCUGUGAAACACCGAAACACGGCACGACACACGCAGAAACGAAGCAAAAACCUUAUCUCGUGCAUGUAAACAAUGCUUUUCUCCAAUAAACACGCAGGCCUGGUGCAGAGACAGAGCUAGGCCCAUUUCCUGGGUAGAGUUACCCAAUGGCCGCAUACUUGCACUGUGGGGGGGGCCGGGCUGUUGCUGUAAAGCAAGUGAUUUGGGGGUGAUAAUGAUCCUCAUGCAUAUGGCGUUGAUGCUUUCUACCAUUCACUUCUCUUCCCUUUUCUUCCUUGGCCUUUGACUCCCCUACUUGUCCCCCCCCUCACCAGGUUUACAGACUGCUGAGUUGUUCUGAGUUUAGGCGGAGGAGGAAACGUACAGUGUUUCACGUAAAAGCAAACGGGGAAGAACAAAGGUUUUUAACAUAUAGUUUUAUAAGUAGUGGGGGUUUUCCACAAUUUAACUGCUUAAUGUAUUUCACUAACUAUUUUUCUGUUUCUUUGAUCUUUAUCACAUAUGGACGAGCCAAGAGUAAUCUCUUUUUAAGCUGAUAUCAAUACUUUGUCUUAAAUUCUCUGUUCCCACCCAAACUUCUUCUGUUUGCCAUUGGUUGAAUUGAUAGAUCCAGAAGCUUUUUUUUUUUUUUUCAUAAACUGUAUUUGUUGCUUUAAAGGAUUAUGUUCUUGAUUUUUGUUUUCCUUUUGUAAUAACGAGGACAACAUCUGCGAUUGUAACCUACAGUGGUUUCUGACAGAUUGCUGUCGUUGACAAUAAUCUGUACUUGCAUAUAUGGAUAAGCAGCAGCCUGUUUUUAUUGAAGUUUUUUUUAUGACCUUUUUUUCCUGAUUUUGUUCUCCUAAAACGUGUCCUGUAUUCUCCAUUGGCUGUCAAAGUUUGUCAAAUGUUUAUUCCCCCCCCAAAACCUUUAUGAACCUCUCAGUAAGUAGGGUUAAAUCUGUGUAGUGCAAUCCCUUGUGUCAGAAGGAUCUCCUUUCCUUUUUUUUUUUUUUUUUAUUCCUUACUCUAAACUUGUUUGUCAUAACAGGAAAAUGUCUUCACAUUUAAAGAUUAUUGCGUUUAGAUUCAAACUACCUUUGAUUGUAUUUAAAAAUGUCAGCCACCAGAGGCGAAAAUGUUCAAAGCCUUAGAAAAUAGUUUUCUCCAGCUGCAGCGUACCGUUUUAAUUCACAAAUCUGUCAACAAAAAACACAAAAGUGAAAAUGAACAAGUACUUUUUUUAUUUUUUUUGUUCGCCAUCUUUGCUUUGUUCAUCUUGGCCGUGAAACGAGGGAGGGACAGGGGGCGUGCUCAUUCCAGCAGAGAUAUGAUGUAGCAAAAAGUGUCCACAAAUAAGUAUUUUAAUGAAGUAAGCACAUAUUUUAAAGACUAGAACCUGUUCUUUAGAGUACUAUAUAAGAUGUGUUUGAUCCAGCGGCGCUGAAAGGGGGAGGGUAAAAAAAAAAGAAAAAAAAGGUUGCGCUGUGAGUGAGUAUGUGGGCCCGUUUGAAGAGUUUUACCUUGAUUACUGUUCACUAUACUCUGUUAACAAUAAAGUGUGUGCAAUACAGAGUAAAGGGGUUCUUUGCUAUUAAAAGGACGCUUAUCUCACAGUUCUCCCCUUGUGCUUCUUACGGUUAUUGUCUGUAAAUAAGAACUUAAUCCGGAUAAAAUAUUUCAUCUUUUACAAUGCUGUUUAUACAGUUUCAAGGUUGUCGACAUGUAUACUGCAGAGGCGCAAUGUUCAAUAAAGUGCACAAAAUACUUUCUCAAGCA